CCGUACCAGCGUCAAAACGGAAGCGACGAGAUCAACGAAGUGUCCAAUCACGGAUUCCUAUGUACCCACGUCAGGACCCGAAGCCACAUUUCAACAAGCAGCACGCACGCACACGCUAGAUUUGGUCGGGGAAAACAGCUGGCCAGCGAUAAUAUUUUUAACCCCCGCACAAUUGCUAUGCCGAGUCACGAGAGUAAGACAAACCCUCGCAAACACCUCAGAUCUCGGACCCGACCGGAGUAUACUCGACCCUCCCCUUCUCCGCUCCUCGAAGAAACGAAGGAAAAGAACGCGCCAUGGGCUCGCUGGCCUCGUCGUCCUCCUCCUCCUCCGGCGACGGCGAUAGGAACGGCGGCGGCGGCCGGAGGAAGAAGGAAGAUUUGGGUUGGAUCGAGUGGGCGAGGGGUUGGUGUGGUAUCGUUGGUGAGUUUCUUUUCCAGAGGAUCGCUGCCAGCCAUUUGGAGAACCCUCUAUCUCUCCCCCCUCUAGAUGGGAUCACUUGCAUCGUUACCGGCGCCACCAGUGGAAUUGGUCUCGAGAUCGCUAGGUCCACUUCGUAUUCCGAAGAUUCCUUUUUUCUUCCCUUUUGUUGGCAACUUGCACAGUCAGGAGCGCAUGUUGUAAUGGCUGUUAGAAAAACAAAGCUAGCUCAUGACCUGAUCCAGAAGUGGCAGAAUGAAAAAGCUGAAAUGGAGCUGCCACUUAAUGUUGAGGUAAUGGAGCUUGAUCUGCUUUCCCUUGACUCUGUUGUGCGAUUUGCUGAAGCUUGGAAUGCUCGUCUUGGACCAUUGCAUGCGUUGAUCAACAAUGCUGGCAUUUUCUCUAUAGGAGAGCCUCAACAUUUUUCGAAGGAUGGUUAUGAAGAACACAUGCAAGUGAAUCAUCUGGCCCCAGCAUUACUGUCAAUGUUGCUUUUGCCAUCUCUUGUUCGUGGCUCUCCAAGCAGAAUUAUCAAUGUUAAUUCCAUUAUGCAUGCUGUGGGUUUUGUUGACACAGAAGAUAUGAAUUUGACUUCUGGGAAAAGAAAAUAUACAAGUUAUCUGGGAUAUUCAAAUAGCAAGCUGGCUCAGGUAAAAUUUAGCAGCAUCCUCCACAAGCGAAUACCUGCAGAAGCUGGCAUCAGUGUUGUCUGUGUUUCUCCUGGAAUUGUGCACACAAAUGUUGCCAGAGAUCUGCCCAAGUUAGUUGUAACAGGUUAUCAUCUGAUUCCCUACUUCAUCUUCGAUGCCCAAGAAGGUUCUCGAAGCACUCUCUUUGCAGCCACUGAUCCUCAGGUCCCAGAGUACUGUGGGGUUUUGAAGGCUGAGGAGUGGCCUGUUUGCGCCUACAUCUCGCACGAUUGCCGUCCAAUGAAUGCAUCUGAAGAAGCACACAAUCUAGAAACCUCUCAGGAGGUCUGGGAUAAGACCCUAGACAUGAUUGGGCUCCCCUCUGAUGUCCUGGAGAAGCUUAUUGAAGGAGAGGAGGUCCAAUGCCGUUAUGGGUCUAGCAGUGAAUAAGGUGUCUGUCUUGAUUGACGAAUAAGAUAUCAAAUAAUUCUUCCAGAGUGCAAAUUUAAUGGCUAUAUUUGGUCAAACCUUCUCAGAUACAGAAGUCUAAUUCCGAGUUUGACAUCAAUUUACAUUUGCUGCGAGUAGGGACCCAUCGAUAUGUUGCAACUCCAUGAGAUGCAUUUCCAGGAGAGCCUGUGUUUUUGAAAGCUUGCACGCUCUUGGCCAGCAACCUCUUUUAAUGACAUGGUAUUGAGGUACAUUUUAAUAAUGAUCAGGGCAUCAUGACAUUCUGACCUUAAUUGUAACAAUAAUAGGUAUGGACCCAAGGCAAAUUAUGCUGUUAAUCUAUAUAAUCUUCAAUUGUAUCAGUCAUAUUUAUGUACCCAAAAGGUAAGUUAUUUUGUUAAUUUGUGAAGCUUUCUUGCCUUAA